UAGGUGACGCUCCGCUCGCAGCUCCUGUCAAGCGAGCCCAACGAGGAAGUAGCGAGAAAAUCUGAAGAAAAGUCCCUCGGUGUGUGACUUCCACUGUCAUUUGAAGACGGAGACUUUACACACCGAGCACCAUGGCUGAAGCAGACAUUGCACUGAUUGGUUUGGCUGUCAUGGGCCAAAACCUCAUCCUGAACAUGAACGACCAUGGCUUUGUGGUCUGUGCUUUCAACCGCACCGUGUCCAAGGUGCACGAUUUCCUGCAGAAUGAAGCCAAGGGAACCAAGGUGAUCGGGGCGGAGUCUCUGGAGGACAUGGUGGCCAAGCUGAAGAAGCCCAGGAGGAUUGUGCUGCUGGUUAAGGCCGGUCAGGCUGUGGACGACUUCAUCGACAAGCUGGUUCCUCUUCUCGAGCCCGGGGAUAUCAUCAUCGACGGUGGCAACUCUGAAUACAGAGACACAACACGGCGGUGCAAAAGUCUGAAGGAGAAGAAGUUGCUGUUUGUGGGCAGUGGAGUCAGCGGUGGAGAGGAGGGGGCCCGUUAUGGACCCUCACUGAUGCCAGGGGGACAUAAAGAGGCAUGGCCACACAUUAAAGACAUCUUCCAGAGCAUUUCUGCCAAGGUCGGAACAGGAGAGCCAUGUUGUGACUGGGUAGGAGACGAGGGUGCAGGUCACUUUGUGAAGAUGGUCCAUAAUGGUAUCGAGUACGGAGACAUGCAGCUGAUCUGUGAGGCCUACCACCUGAUGAAGGAUGUUCUGGGUAUGGACCACGAUGAGAUGGCACAGGCGUUCAACAACUGGAACAAGACAGAGCUGGACUCCUUCCUGAUUGAGAUCACAGCCAACAUCCUUAAAUACAGAGACUCUGACGGCACACAUCUGCUGCCAAAGAUCAGAGACAGCGCUGGUCAGAAGGGCACAGGGAAGUGGACUGCCAUCUCAGCCCUUGAGUAUGGCACACCUGUCACUUUGAUUGGGGAGGCUGUCUUUGCCAGAUGCUUGUCCUCUCUGAAGGAUGAGAGAGUGGAGGCCAGCCGCAGCCUUUCAGGGCCACAGGGGGUCAAGUUUAGUGGUGACAAAGCCUCCUUCCUGGAGGACAUCAGAAAGGCCCUGUACGCCUCUAAGAUCAUCUCCUACGCCCAGGGUUUCAUGCUCCUCCGACAGGCAGCUAAAGAGUUCGGUUGGGCCCUCAACUACGGUGCCAUCGCCUUGAUGUGGAGAGGCGGCUGCAUCAUCCGAAGUGUCUUCCUGGGCAAGAUCAAGGAGGCGUUUGACAGAGACACUGAGCUGCAGAGUUUGCUGCUGGACUCUUUCUUCAGUAACGCCGUGCAGGACUGCCAGGAGUCGUGGCGCAGGGCAGUCAACGUGGGCAUCCAGCACGGCAUCCCCAUGCCCUGCUUCACCACAGCUCUGUCCUUCUACGAUGGUUACAGACACCAAAUGCUUCCAGCUAACCUCCUCCAGGCCCAGAGAGAUUACUUUGGUGCCCACACAUAUGAACUGCUGUCAAACCCAGGCCACUUCAUCCACACCAACUGGACGGGCCACGGUGGCAACGUCUCGUCUUCAUCCUAUAACGCCUAAGGAGCACCUCCACAUCACACACACACUCACACACACACACACACACACACACACACACACACACAAGAAAGAAAACCAUGAACUAGGGGAUGUUCCAUGCGAAAGAGGAAAUGUCAAACAUUCCUUCUCCAUAACCAAGCCUGAAUAUUUAAGACCCAACACCCUUAACCAAACUUCUAUCCUACUAACAGUCACCAAGUGUUGUUACUCUGUUAUUAAUCGUGAAAUGGAACCAUAGUAAACUUUUGUUUUAAACCCCCUCCCCUUUAAGUUAGAGUGUGUUUUUUUUUUUUUUUUUUUAUGUAGAAACUUCUCAACCACAACACAAGAGGGGGAGCAACAAAUGUUUACUCCACCUGGGGGCGGAGCCUGUGCUGACUAUUAGACUGCUGUCAGCCAGUCAGCUUGGCCCCAGGGUUCACGGUGUUAACGCUGGAUUAAGGUGAACGGUUGCAUUGUACUGUAUUAGGCUAAAUAAAGAUUUCAAUCCCUUUA